CGUUUGGGGUCCUAAGAGUCCGCGUGCAGCACUACGUUUCCAUGAUGCACAGUGUUAUUUUGAUCCGUGUCUUGUUUUGGAAUACAAAUCGCAGUUCUUGCGUCUUGUUUUUGUCCCGUUUUUUUAUUUCUUUAGUUUUUUAGGGUUAUUUAAAUACCAUGAUGCCGGGGGAGAACCAGUCCGGGGCCGGAGGAAUCGCAUCAGAAGCUACUUCUGGCACUUGUCAAAACUGCACUGUUUUAAAUCAGAGCCUGGAUGAGUAUGUGGCUGCUUUACUGACGCUGAAACAGAAGAUCAUAGACACAGACCUUCUUCUGAGCGAGUAUAAAGAGAAGUGUGAUGAGCUUCAGAAAUCUCAAAGAGAGAGCACUGAGCUGCACAAAGAGCUGGAUGAAGUGCUGCUGAAACUCGGCCCGUUAGAAAAGCAAACGGCAGAGUACGAGGCAGUCAGGGCUGAGCUGGAGGAAACCACGGCUGCCUUGAAAGUGUAUAAGGCGAAAUCUGAGGAAGUGGAUGAUUUGAGAGAAGAGAACACUAAGGCACUUGCUAUGAAUGCAAAGCUUGAAGAAACUCUCAAGAAGGCAGAAGAUGCAGCAAACACACAGAGUCUAGAAAAUACAAAGCUGAGAUCUGAGAAGAAAAUGCUAGAAAGUGUCCUGCAGAAGACUCAGGAGUCUCUCAGGCUGAGUCAAGAGGCAGUUGAAGAGGUGGAGACUCUGAAGCUGCAGAACGCUAAAGCACUCAUUCUAAAAAGCAAUCUUGAAAAUCAACUUCUGGCACUUGAAGACACGAACCUCAAGCAAAAUCAUACAAUCCGAGAACUGAAGAGCAAAAACAGUAGCCUUGAAAAAAGCAUCAGAUUAACUGAGGAAAAACUUGCAUCAUUGGAGAAUGAGUUUAACAAAGAGAAAAGGUGUUCAUCUACACAAACUGAGAAUGAGCCGAAAGUUGACAAAGCUAAAGUCUGGACCCUCCUACAGGAAGUCUGGCGUUGUGUAGACCCUCUGUCCAAAACACCAGAAAAUUUAGCCUUAAAUGACCAUCAGCACUUAAUGUUCAGACGUUCAAGAUCUCCUCCUUGUCCACUGCCAAUCAGUCCAUUUAGAAAUCCGAUGCCUCAGUCAACUGUCUCGACUCCAAAAGGAGCUAAAGUGUCUCCAGAAAAGAGUAAAUCUGAAUCUUCGUGCAGUUCAAGUAAAGACCAGAAGAAAAGUAAAAUAUGCAGGAAGAAGAAAAGAAGGCUGGAGUCUGAGGAUCUAGAUGAAACCCGUGCAAACACUGAUGAAGUCAGUGAUUUAUCACUUAAUAAAGAUGGUCCUGUUGAUCAUUUAUUAGAGGGAGACAGCGGCAGUAAAACCCCUGAUAUAUGGGAAAUUCUCAGCCUCUCUUGGCCUUUGCCUGCACCUUUAUCACCACUGCCUCCUGAUGAGUUGGCUGAGAUGGAGGUUGACUCAAGUCUGAAAGAGAGUUCAAUUUCAAAACCUGAUGAUGGCCAAAAAUCACAGUCCACAGCAAAGGCAAAACCUUUAGAGGAUAAUGUAGCAGUUUCAUCUGUUUAUUUGUCUCCAGGAAACCAGUUGAGUAUUGUGACAUCAUCAGUCACUCCUGAUACUGAUAACAAGAGCCUUCACAAAGUUUUGACAGAGAGCCAAGAAAUGCAGAUGUGCAAGAUAAAGGAAAACUCUGAAGAUUCACCUUGUACAGUUGCAACAGCGAGUUUACAGAAUGAAUCAGAUGGGGAGCAUGUUAGCCUAAACCAAGCCACAAUAAUUGCAGCAGAAUCACAGCAGAGCACCAAGGAAGAGUGUACAAAUCAGAUCAACAGUAAACCACAGUGUAAUGCUGCCCAUGAAGUACCUAAAGCAAAUUGUAAUGAUGGAGUCAAACAAGGAUCAGAGUUUGUGCAGCAGGUUAUAAUCCCUGAGGAGUGCACAGAUAAAUCUGAAGAAGAUAAAUUUGUCCAGCAUCAAUCUGAAGUUAAAUCAAAUGUGCAUGGAUAUUCUUUACAGAUUUCUUUAACUUCACAAACAUGUUCUAAGACAGAGCCAGAAAGAACAGUAGAGGAAAUCCAGAGUGUCUCAACUCCCAUGGUCGUAACAGAUUUAAAGACAGCUGAAGAUCAAAACAUCUGGGGUGGACAAGACAAUGAAUCCUCCUGUACCAAGAUUAAUGGUGUUACCUCUGGAGAUUCCUCAGAUGAGGAGGAGUUUUUAGGGCUGAAGAGAAAAGUCAGAGGGAUUUGCUUGAGACCAGCAGAUUUAGACAGUGUUUCUUCAAACAAACUGCUAUCAAAUGAAAAGCAAGAAUCUGUAGCUGAAGUUCAGGGAACAAACUGUGAAACCAAAGAAGAGCAUUUUCAACCAGAGAAUGAGAAAGAAGAUGGCAGCAUUACAGUGAAUAUGUGCAAACCUGUAAUUCUUGAAGAUAAUGCAAGGGUAGAUGUUAAGCAAGAGACAGGACUAUCAAAGAAGUAUAAACAUGAAUCAGAUAACUAUUCCAACAGCUCUUUACCAAUUUUUGAUGCACAUAAUCACCAGGAGGAAUGUGUACUAUCUGGAUCUUUUAGCCCCAACACUGAAAACAUGGAUGGUGGCCUGAAAGAGGAUGGUGCCAAACCAAAAGACCCAAGUGUUAAAUCUCAAGAUAUUUGUCUUGCAUUGUCAGUAAAUACACCUACACUGUCUUCUUUGGAUAAAAGUGUGAAUCUACCUCUCACAGAUGUUUCCUCCAGAAAUGCACUUACCUCAACUCAAUCUCCAGAAUCAAUUGGAAGGGUUCUUACAGAGAUGGGUCCUCCACUACCUCCAGUUGUUUUACCAUUGACUGCAACUCCUCCAAAAUUUAGGAAGCACCUUACUCCAAAUAGACCCAGCAUCCAUUUGCCUACCUGGUCAUCAACAGAAGGGCCAUUUUCUCUCAAGCAGCAGUCAAAAGUACCUUCUCCUGAUCCUGGGCUUCAAGAUGAAGUAAAUACAUCGCUUUCUAUGACCACCCCUUCACCAUCAAAUGGAGUUCCCUCUUCCCCUUUGCAGUUUGGAUCAGCAACUCCCAAGCAUGCACUUCCUGUCCCAGGAAGGCUGCCCUCAUCUGCCUUAAACUCCUCAUCCCCCUCUGCCUCACAGGAGAACUCCAUGCAGAUGCUGGAUACCAUGUAUCCAGAGCUUUCUGCCCAGGCAAGGACUCUAAACAUCCUGCGGGGUAAUGUUAACCUUGGAAGGGCUGCAAAUGAGAGUGGGGCCUCCCCACCUUCUGUCAAUCCAAUCUCAGGGAAUAAAACUAUCAACUCCUCAUCCACAGCUUUCACGAAGACAGACCAAAAGGCAAAAAGAAUUGGUGCAAAUGUGUUACUACCCAAAAGUGCCAAAAGGCUUCGACUUGAUACCUGUUCACCUGAUCCUUCAAGUCUUACCCCUCCAGUGCAACAAGUUAGUGAUAACAAGCCAAGUAAUGGCGUAGCAUCGCCAAAAUACUGUCCAACGAAUGGUCCAUCAAGCAACAAUCAAAUGGCAAGAAAAGAAGACAAAACUGUGGACGAUGCAAAUGAUACACAGUCCCUCAUCUUCAGUGCAUUAGAAAAACUUCAAAAUUCAUAUUUUGAUGUGUUGCCUGUAAUCAGGAGUCAUGUGUUUCUUGGAAGAGUAUCUGAAGUUCCCGUCCUAAGAGAUGAAGAAAAAUGUGUCAUUUCUGAUUUUUGUUUAAACCAGUCCUCAGCAGAGGAGUUUAUGUUGGCCAUUUUGUCCAAGAUGAAAGCGGAUCAAGCUGUUAUGAAACACGAACUCCUGCAGUCUCACUGUAGGGUUUAUGUAGGCUUGUGUCGAUGGAGAGGAGACUGUCAGAAAGCACAUGCCCUCGCCUACAGUCUUCUAAAAGAAGACUUUCCUGAAGCCCCAAAGUUGAUUUUAUUCAUGGUGACAACAUGGCCAACUGUUCUAUCCCACGACAGCCCUUUGUGCCGAGCCAUUAACAUAGUGAGCAAACUGAAAGCAGAGGGAGAGAUAUUAGACUACCUCAGCAAGUAUCUGCACUGGGACGAGAGGCCUCCAGGUGACAUCCACGAAAUGAUCACCACCAUACUAAAGGCUUUUCUCGAGGAUGGCACUUUGAUGUUCCAGAAGCACGAUCGUCAUGGUGAUGACCUGUGCCCUGCUGCCUGGGAAUACAUCUUCAGUCUGGAUCUCCUGUGUGCACAUCUGGGCUGGAAAUGGACCCAUGACAAUAUUAUAGGAAAAGAGCUUUGGCCGGUCAUGAAUGCCUGGGUGACACAACCAAGACCUCAGCAAACGCCAGUCCGAGACAUUUGUGUAGCAGCAGUUUUGAGGCUGAUUGGACGACUUGGCCAACUGGGCCUUAAGGAGAAACUGUGCAUGUCAGUCCAAAAUGUUGCAAAAGCCAUAAAUCUGUUUGGGAAACAUGGAAUAUCAGAAGGUGUGCCAUGGGAGGUGCAGCUUUCGGCAGUCUACACCAUUUAUGAUCUGGCACCCAGCAAUCCUAAAGAAGCCCUGGAGGCUUUGGCAUCAUGGCGGGGAGAAAUCACACGACCGGUUCCCCCAGCCGUCACCAGCUGCAUUACACAGAUUGGCUCCAUCUGUCGUCAGAUCAAACCAUAAAAUCAAAACCUGUACAG